CCCCGUGGAAAGGGGAGUGCCUUUCAAAGAGGAUCCACCAUGAGACACGGCCUAACCACAGAAUCUGAGCAGCUAAUAUUCUGUCCCGUGAAGUUUUUUAACCACCGAAGGCCCCAGUCGUCGGUACUUGAGGCAGACAAGAAUUUCUGACUUCCCUCAAGCAUUCAUCAUCCCAAGAAGAGGCUUGACAAUCUUCGAAGUGCAGGAAGAUCACAGGCAUCAACUUUGCACUGAGAAUAAUUUCUGUCAUCCCAACAAAAACAUGAAUAAUUGCAGAAUCAGCAGACGCCGAGAAACAACAGAGACAUCAAUUCACCUUGCGAGGAGCGCCGGUAUUUGGUUAUAGUGACAGAGGCAAUUUUUGAAGACUUAGCCUGUGUCCAAGAAUUACAAAUUGUGGUCAGAAUAAUAUGCGAACAGAUCAUGAAGAACUCUGUGGCAGCAUUUAUGGGUCUUUCUGUCUGAAUGGUGGGAUCUGUUACACCAUACCUUCGGCUUCCAAUCCUUUUUGCAGGUGUGUUGACAACUACACAGGGGCGCGUUGCGAAGCAAUCCUGCUCCCCAGCAUCAAGAGCCACUCAAGGGGAGAACUGUUUGUAGCCGUGUUGGCGUCCGUCGUCGUUCUGAGCGUCCUGGUAGCUGGAGCGUUUUUUUUCCUGUGCAGAAAAGGCCAGAUCCCACGGGCCAGUGCCCUGGAGCGCGGAGAACAUCUGAUUGAGGGAAACAGCAGCCAUGCUUGCAACAGUCCUCAUUUCACCCACCUCGGAAGGAUGGAAGGCUGAGUCGACCUUGAGCCGAAAUAACCGAAUAAAGAAAUCCAAAGAAGGAAUUAUGGACCAGCUGCAAGAAAAGUGGAAAAGCUGAAACCACGUUGGGAGAAUAUGGAAUCUUUAUCAGCGUUCCCAGAUGUAUUGAACGAAGAACGUGAUUUACAGGACCAAAUAUCUAUGCAGAAAUAUGCACAGCUUAUGUUCUUACUGCUCCCAGACGCCGGAGGUCAGAGGGAUGUGAAGAUGCUGAGAGAGACAUUAGAGUCAACUCCAUCCUCGGUAAUUAAAAUAGACAAAAUGCUUUUAAAGUAUUUCCGAACAUUAAGUAGGUAGCAUUGAAAAGCUGUUGGACGUCUUCCAUCCAUUUUUAUUGAAGGUGAAAUCAGCUUUCCGUUUUAGUCUCCUGCAACGGACUUUCCAUGUCAGGAGUAAGCCUAGUGAACAAACAAUGAGCCAUUUUAUGUAAAGGUUUCCAACAACUUACAACGGUGACAUCGGGCGAGACUUUUUAGGGUCCUGAGGUAGUCACGUUAUUCCUUCCCCCCCCCCCUUUUGUUUGAAACAUUUCCAUUUGUAAAUAAAGUUUAUCCUUUACAAACACGUA